GGAGAAGAAGAUGAUCCGGCUGAGAUUGUGUCAUCCCAAGUGCGUGCAUUUUAUUUUUGGUGCAUUUUCCAUGGCGUUUAUAAUCCGCGGGGAUCCCCAACAACCGCCGCCCGCUCGGAAUCCCACCAGCGCCGGCCACUGCAUUGUCGGCAGGCCCCGGACAGCACCCCGUCAUCGGCCCUGCUAAACACGGUACGGCGUCCUCCGACGCCUUGUGCGAACCGACUGGCUUCUGGAAUGAUUUAAAAGGAUGAUGAUGUAACGACAAACACCCGCUACUUUAUUUGUUCAACGACACUUGCAACCUGCUACUUCUUAUACCCCUCCGCACACACAACCUCGCUCCGAAAUGGCCACCACUAUCCAAGCAGGCGACGUUGAGGUUAGAGUGACCGCGCAGCCUCUCACCCAAGAAUCCUACGCACAAUUUGGAGAUGUCACGCAGAAUCCAAGACCAAAUAUCCACCCGGGCGAGUUUGAUCAGCAUGCGUCCGAGCUGCCGCCCAAUGCCUUCACUGCCAACCAAGGCUUUGCUAUCCAAUAUCGAAAUGCGGCACGCAUCCAAAGCCUGUAUGAACAGGCACCUAGCGGCUCAGGGAGCCCGAUAAUGAGUGUCUUUGUCUGUGCGGCCCGACAGCUUCCGCUGAACCAGACGUCCCGCCGUACUGAGUUUACUGUCAAGUAUCUAGAGCGACACCCAUACACUACACAGACCUUUUCUCCGAUCAGCUCUAUGGCAUCAACGUACCUUGUUAUAGUGGCACCAACUCUGCCUGCUUCACCACAGGACAGCCACUUUGUCGUACCUAGUGGCCCUGGCUUGCCUGGACGCGGGCUGCCUGAUCUGGCCAACCUGAAAGCAUUUGUUGCACAGGCCAACCAAGCCGUAACGUAUGCCGCCGGAACAUGGCACGCACCAAUGGUGGUACUCGGGGAAUCUGGCACGACGCUUGAUUUUGUGGUUUCCCAGUUUGCUAGCGGCGUAGCUGACGAAGACUGCCAGUUGCUUGAGUUUGCCGCUGAGGCCGGCAGGGAGCCGAAAUUGACUGUUGAAAUUCCCAGCAACAACAGCUACAGGAGACCUACCGCCACCAGCCUCUAGAUAUUUCAUACAUUUGGACUUGGGGUAAGUGCUUUGGUCAGUCUGAAUGCGGCUAGUGGGAUCAACGGCGACCUACACGCACACUUCUCUCCAUAAUAAAACCGGAAAAACCGGCGCAAAAAGGUCCUAGGGUUACGGAUAUUGAGCAAACAAAAAGUAGCAGAUGCUUUAUAUAACGCCUUCUUUAAUUAAACAGGGUAAAUAUUUUAUAUUGCGUA